AACACAGCUUUUCCUUACUCUGAGAUUGGUGUAUAAUUGUCAAAAGGCUAAGAUGAUCAAUUGAUAAUCGAAGUUUGCCCCUCCGGCUUUGGAGAGCAUUAUGCUCGUAAAAUUCAGAAUCAUGGCAACCAGUGGAGAGAAGAUUAUAUUUGAAAAGACUGAAAGUCAAGCUAUGUCUACCAACUUAAAGUACCUUUCCUUGGGGAUAUUGGUCUUCCAGACAACAAGCUUGGUCUUAACUAUGCGUUACUCUCGGACUCUGAAAGAGGAAGGACCCCGUUAUUUGUCUUCAACAGCAGUUGUUAUUGCUGAGCUUAUGAAGAUUAUGGCCUGCAUUUUGUUGGUUUACAAAGACAGCAAGUGCAAUUUAAGAGCUCUCAACAGAGUGCUACAUGAUGAAAUCCUUAACAAGCCAAUGGAGACCCUUAAACUUGCUAUUCCAUCAGGGAUUUAUACACUACAGAAUAACCUCCUCUAUGUUGCCUUGUCAAAUCUAGAUGCAGCUACUUACCAGGUCACAUAUCAACUGAAAAUUCUUACCACUGCAUUGUUCUCUGUUUCCAUGUUGAGUAAAAAAUUAGGCGUGUAUCAAUGGCUUUCAUUGGUGAUUCUGAUGACUGGAGUUGCAUUUGUACAGUGGCCAACUGAAUCACAAGAAGGAGCCACGAAAGAACUUUCAGCAGGAUCCCAGUUUGUGGGCCUUGUGGCAGUCCUUAUCGCCUGCUUUUCAAGUGGAUUUGCUGGAGUUUAUUUUGAGAAAAUCUUGAAAGAAACCAAACAGUCAGUGUGGAUUAGGAAUAUUCAGCUGGGAUUUUUUGGCAGCAUAUUUGGAUUGAUGGGUGUGUAUAUUUAUGAUGGAGAACCGGUAUCGAAGAAUGGCUUUUUCCAGGGUUAUAACAACCUCACCUGGAUAGUUGUAGUUCUGCAGGCACUCGGAGGCCUUGUAAUAGCUGCUGUAAUAAAAUAUGCAGACAACAUUUUAAAAGGAUUUGCAACAUCUUUGUCUAUUAUAUUGUCAACGUUAAUCUCAUACUUCUGGCUGCAAGAUUUUGUCCCUACAAGUGUCUUCUUCUUUGGGGCUGUUCUUGUAAUAGCAGCCACAUUCCUAUAUGGGUAUGAUCCAAAACCUGUGGGGAAUACUAUGAAAGCAUAGCAGACUCUUCCAUGCCAGACUAUUUUGCCAAGACUGUUCAUUCAAGAGACCUCCAAAUAACUCUGUACAGAGGACUUCACCAAGCACUGGAGCAGAAAAGUUUACACUGUAUUGGAAGAACAGCACGGGAUUCACAGGAGACAAAAAAGAAUGGGGAACAAUAGGGCCUCUGGGAAAGAAGGAUGGCCUAGCACAGAGCCUGAUGGGCAGUGACAGCUUCUGGUACUUACAGUUAGUAAUGAUUCCAGAUGGAACUCUGAGGUUACCUCAGAAUAAUUUGCUGCAUUUGACUGCUGCAGAGAUGUCCUAUGCACUCUUCUUGAAAGAGCACAUGACAACAUUUGUUGAAUCAUAUCGAUUUUUUUUUUGCAAAUUGACUAUUUUGUUUUAGUAAGUAUGUACUUGCUGUGUAUCUAUAAAUAUCCAAUCAAUUCAAAAUAAGAUGUAGUUCUACAGUGACAGCUCUAAUUAGGUAUUCCUCUUUCUUUCCUAAAGGAAAAAAAGACUGUUACACGUGACUACAAGGCAUUAUCGUUUCCAGAUUUUUAAUAUUUUAGAUAGGGAGCUGAAUUAAUAAACAGAAAUGGGUGUUGCAAAACAUUUCAUGUAAUAAUGAGAUGUAUUAUGACUGAUGAGGGAAAGAAUUUUGGUAUUUUUACCAUUUGCUGUUCCCAUAAAGUAUUGGGCACGUAAAGGGAUCAGGUCACCAGAAGCGCUGCUGCCUCAUUACCAUUCACUUCUAAGGCUCUGUGAGAACUGCACAGAAAGCCCAUUGAAAUGAAUGGCAAUUGCACAAGCACAGAGCCUGUUGGUGUGCUUCCACAUUCUGCCAGUGGCAUGGUAGGCUCCGAUUGCUACCAUCCCUGUGGCUGUAUUCAAAGAACAAUUCCUUUUCAAGAUAAGCAAAAGCUUUCUUGCGGUAAACUUAAUAGUAGUUGUCAUUGUAUAAAAAUAUAAUUUGGAGAUUUUUUUUUAAAGAAUGUACAGGUUAAUUUUUAAAAAUGCAAUGUGUAAAGGUAUUAUAAUAGCUCCUUUUGGAGCCAUGGUGGUAUAUAAUAUGUAUAUACUGUACAAUAUGACAGAGCUUUAAAAAAAUACUCACAAA